AUGUCAGUGUCCAGCCCUGACUUAAUGAUGGAAGAUGAGGUGACCAGCCCUGAACCAACUGCGGAUUGGGUCACCACACCAGGCCUUCAAGAGCGCACCAAUGAAAGAAUAUAUCGCAUAACAAGCGCCACAGAUUAUCUUUCUGUUCCAAUUCUCGGUUACAUAACGCCACAUCUAGUGGCCAUUACAGUCAUAACUAACUCGCUGGUCGUCAUUGUCCUCAUGAAACGAAACAUGAAGUCCCCAACCAAUUGCGUUCUCAUCGGGAUGGCCCUGUCCGACAUGUUCACCGGACUCAUCCCAAUGCCGAUUUACGUCUACUUUUAUACAACGGGCUAUUAUCGAGAUUAUAUGCCGUCUUGGAGUUGCGGAAUAUACCGAAUCUUUACAGAAAUUGUACCGACUAUUUUUCACACUGCUUCCAUAUGGCUGACCCUCGCCCUGGCUGUGCAGCGAUACAUCUACGUAUGUCAUUCGUUUAAAGCUCGAACAUGGUGCACCAUCGAUAACGUCAUCAAAGGAACAGUAGUGAUCUACGUGUUCGCGACACUCAUUCAAAUACUACGCUUCUUCGAAUAUCAUUACCGUACUAUCGAGGUGCAAUCAGUGAUUUACGAGAACAAAACGGUGUACGGCUGUCAGAUGGUCCGUUCUGACUGGCUAGUUCGCUGGCAGAAAAUCUACUACAAUUGUUACUACUGGUUCCGCGUCAUAUUUGUUCAUUUCAUACCUUGCACGGCGCUUGUAGUCCUCAACGCGCUUCUGAUCAACGCAAUGAGGCAAGCCAAGAAACGGCGCGAGCUUCUGCUCAUGCAGAACAAACGAAGCGAAUCAAAGAACAUAAAAGACACGAAUUGCACAACGCUGAUGUUGGUCGCUGUUGUCGGCCUUUUUCUGGUCGUCGAAUUGCCGCUCGGAAUUAUAAUGCUUAUCAACAAUAUUCAAAAUACUUUAGAUAUACUCAUUAUCAAUCACAAGGCGUUAUCAGUAGUCGGCCAGAUAGUAAAUAUGAUGAUUUUAUUGUCUUACCCUUUGAACUUUUUUAUCUACUGCGCUAUGAGCAAGCAAUUCCGAAACACGUUUAAACAGUUGUUUUGCGGCGGUCCACUACCAAUGGAUCGAGAAUGUUCCCAGUAUAUGACGCUGCCGACUGAGAACGGUAAAACGGUAACAACCGGGGCGGAGACUCAGCUAUGA